AUGGCAUCAUCAGUGGUUUUGGUGCCGGCAUUCUGUGCAAAGACGCCUCCCACUGUUUUUUUUUUAAGAUUUCUUCGGCUAAAGAUAGAAUUACUUCACAUAAUACAACUUGCAGUGGACAGCAGCCAGUGUCUGGUCCACAAUGUAGACCUGGAGCCGUGUCCCGACGGCCCCGCCUUCUGCCUGCUGCGGCGGAACAAGCCCUAUCAGAUCAAGGUGGACUUUACCCCCAAGUUCACCGCCGAGAAACUGCAACUGUCAGUGUCAAGUGACAGUAAGAAAGAUGGCACCUUCAACACAACAGUAAUACCGGCGACAAAUGCUUGUGAUAUUGUUAAGUGUCCGCUUCAGGAUGAGCGGCAAACCUUAGCUACAGCAUUUACAAUAUCCAAGAGAAGUCGGGGCAAAUUCCCGAUACAACUGAUGCUGUGGAACGAAGAAAAUAAGAAUCAAACAUGCUGCCUUACGUUCAACGUGAGGACUCUAAAAUAAAAUUACUUUUUUAUGUAUGCAAUUAAUAAAUAUUAAAAUUUUUACAUUUC